AUGAACAACGUAAAACCAAGAGCAACUACAACUUCAAGUCUUACACACCUCAAUUCUGAAGCCGCUUCUGGUAAAACAAAGCCUCAGGCUUCCCGGAGGGCAUUUAAUUGAGACACAGUCGAGACAAUUAAACAUUCAAACACAAAUAUUGAUUAAGCAAACACUCCAGAUCAAGCAACGGUGUUGGGUUACCUCUCUCCGACUACAGUUUCGAACUGUUUGAAGCCGUUUCAAACCGUUCGAAGCCGCGGAAUGGAGCUUGUCGGGAUCAAGGUUAACAGUAAUCUUAUGAAGCUUCCACUUACAGUAUUCCGCUACUUUAUACUCACUCUCACACUACUGACCUUAGCCAUCAGUUUGUCAUGGUAAGUGGAUACUGUAAUUUAAAAUCACUUUUGAAGUUUGAGAUCUUAUGUUACAGUAUUUUUGGUUGUUUGAUGUUGUAGUUUUUAUAAUGUAGUACUAGUAAUGUUUAUAAAGUAAGAUGUUUUUAAGUUGUUUUUCCUUAUCAGCUGCUAGUGUAUUAUCUAAUCUUGUUUCUGGUGAUGUAACUCACUAAAAUACAAAUGUUUUACUACAAUAAUACAGUCUUUACAAUGUAAAUACAUAAAGUAAUGUUUAGUUUCAUAUGUUUCAACGUGUCGGUUGUCCAAAUGACCAACCUCAGUUCGUCGCCGUAUUACAAUGAAAGUCAACUUGACCCUUCGUAUUACAGUAGUCUCGACAUACCUCUACAUGACCGUCGUUUCGAUUUGAGUAAUUUUGAAAGGGCAUGGAUAUAUGCAGGUAUUUAAGCAGGUUUUCUUAAUUUACAUCUAAUGCUUAAGCCUAAAUAGAAAAGCAAAAAAAUGCAUUUAUUCCGCAGUUGGCGCUUUUGUAGGGCGCUAGCUGGCGAAUAUGUUUUUUUAUUUUUAAAAUUGUGAACUCAAUAAAGCAACAUAAAGUAACAACAAGUUCGCAAAAUUUUGCUAUCUUAUUUCAGCUCCAUUCCUGGGUGCAUGUGUCUUCGCAGUACCAGUAGCGUGGAUGAUGUCUGUAAUUGGCACAAGGUAUACUCAGAUUUUAGUUGGCAUUCUGAGUUCUGUUGUGACCGUAAUCACACCGUGGACGUUGUCUGGACUGCCUGUUUGGCUGUUUGUCAUUAUUCGAACAUUUCAAGUAAGUUCAUACGGUAUAUGUGUGUAAUAUACUUCGUUAAAAUUUGUUGGUUGUACUGUAAGAGUUAGUAAUGUAUUAAAAAUUAAUAUAAGUUACAUUUUUCAUAUUUGUUUUUAUUAUAUAUAAGUUCUGACUAGGUAUAUCAAGCUAUUCAGUGUGAUAUGUAGUGAACUUUGAUGUAUUUGCUGUCUUUGUGUUCAGUAAAGUUAAUUUAGGGGGCGGCCUUGGCCAACUUGUACCCAGUGAUUGGAGUUGUUGUAGCCAGAUGGAGUCCGGCAUCUGAAAAGGGUUUCUUCUUGUCUACCUUGACUGGUUACCUCCAAAUAUCAUGUAUCAUUGCUAUGCCGUUGGCUGGUGCUUUGGUGCAGUAUUGUAAGUUCGGAAUGUAAACUGUAGUUAUUGAGGUCAAUGAAAGUUAUUAUUUAGUAUAUUACAACUUUUACAAGGUUAUUCCUUCUAAUGUUAGACCCUAUGAAUCGUAUAUUAUUGUUGUUUUAGUGAACUGGCCAAUCGUAUUUUAUGUCCACGGCGUGGUAGCCUUCUUAAUGUAUGUUUUGUGGUUCAUCUUCUUUACUGAUCACCCCAAAGAUAACAUGUUCUUAUCAAAGACAGAGCUUGGUAUCAUUCAGCAUAAAAAAGGAGUACCCACCCCUGUUCAAAGAGUAAGUAUCUUAUGUUAUUGUGACAAUAUCUUACGUAUACUAGUUAUUCUGUCUUCAUAAAAGGUUGCUCUACGAAUGCCUUUACUGUUAAAUAAACGUGUCUUACUGUAGCACCUUUAGGUCUCAAUCUGGAGAAUAUUAUCCACCCCGAGUGUGUUGGCCGUGUUUGUCGCUGUGUUUGGCAACUUUAUGACCUUCAACUUUGCGAAUACUUUCUUUCCAUCGUAUCUGAACAGUUUGUUUGGGUUCUCGUCGUUGGAUGCUGCGCUAAUUGUUACCUUGGUGCUAUUACUACAGUUUAUUGUCAAGAUAGUCACUGGACUUAUCACUGAUAGACUUACUGGGACUAGCGAUGAGGUUAAGGUAUGUUUUACAUUGUCAUAAACCAAUAUUGGGAUUACUUUUUAGAUAAAAUGGUGCAACUCGAUCGCUUUUUGUGGUACCGCUUUGUUCCUUUCGGUAGCCUCAAUAGUACCACCAAAAUGGAAUCACCCUGUAGCUAUUGUAGCUAUCUCUUUACCGUAUGUUCUCCUUGGAGCAAAUGGGGGAGGGUUUCCGAGAAGUGCCAUGCUCAUAAGUGGACAAGAAGCUCCAACUGUGAUGGCACUGUUCCAAGUAGGUGAUUUAUGGUUUUAUUCAGAACGUAUGAUUGUUAGAAUUCUUUUUUUAUGACAGUAUUUCUGAGCAAAGAAGCUAAUUCUAGCUAUUGAUGUUAUAUCUUUGUGUAAUAACUUAAGCUGACUUAACUUUACAUUCUUAAGUAAGAAGAUAGCAAAUAAUGUUCUACAAAUUCUCAGCCUUAUAAACCAUGACAUUUUAGGUAGUAUUAUGCACCAGCUUCUUAAUCAGCUCGUUGACUGUGCCCGUCAUCGUUCCUGACUCGACGUUCGACGAGUGGAAGCACGUGUUCGUCCUGUACGUGGUGCUACUGCUGAGCACGAAUGCCAUUUUCGUUGCAUUCGGAAGUGCAGCUCCAGCUACAUUCGGCCAGAAGAAGAAUCUCAUUGUGCCAUAA